AUGCCACCAAAGAAGAUGCGAGAGGUAGUGCCGCCGGUGAACACAAGUUGUAAAAAAUGCAGUUUCCCGGACAAUAGCAGGAUGGUACAAUGCGACGACUGUAACGAUUGGUACCACUACGACUGCGUACAGGUGGAUGACGAAGUUUCCGAUUACGAUUGGAGCUGUGACGAUUGCGUGACUAAAAAAGCCCAGCCGGCAGGAACUUCGACACCUGUUUCUCCUAGCAAACAGGAGCCAAUUGUAGAUAAAGCGAUACUUACUGGUCGCAAAGCCAAUGUAGCAGAAACCGGAGAUAAUGCAAGUAACUUUGUUACCAGAGAUACGGAAAUUACACCACCAUCCGCUGACAAUGUAGAAAACGUUAAACUUCGACGAGAUAUCGAAGAGCUGCGUCACUUGUUCGAAGCACAACGUAUUAAAUUCGCGCAACAUAUCGGUAUGCUAGAAGAUCAAAAAAACACUAUAAUCCACAACGAACUCUCAAGGCUUCAAGUACAAUGGAACGAACGUGAGAGCCAACUCCAGAAAGAGAUAGAUAAUCUUAAAGGUCAGGGCCUGCCUGCUAAUACGCAACAGAAUGAGACAGUAAAAUCAAAUGCGAGUGCAUCAUCGAAACGCACAAUCAAAGACCGAAAACGACGUUUGGCGGCUCUGAAAGAGCGGCAAGCACUGGAAAGAAAGCAUCUCGAAGAGCAACUCAAGCUGAGUGACGAAUUAAACAGUUACAGCGAAAAUGAAAAUACCGAUGAAGAUGAACAUGAUUCUGGCAGCAAGCAGAAAAUAGAUGAGUGGCUGAGAGAUCAAAGUUGUUCAUAUACAUCCGGAGCUAGUAAUGAUACUCUAUCCGUGACUUUAAACGAAACAACGGAAAACGACCACCGCACGACAAGAGAUUCAUCUCAAGUCAAUCGAAUCCCUACAAAGUAUCAGCUAGCAGCUCGUCAAGCUGUGCCCAAGGAACUGCCUACCUUUUCUGGUGAACCUGAGGACUGGCCUUUAUUCCAUGCAACGUUCGAAAGUAGUACAACCACAGACUAA